UCCGAAGACAAAGAUGGCGGAAGGCAAACCAAUUCAACCAAAAACCAUUUCAGGCUUAAUCUCGAUUUUCUCUUUUGUUCUUUCUCUUCCAAUUCUUGCUUCAGUGGUUUGGCUAUGGUACAUGAAGGAUUAUGACUGUGAAAACCUAUUGAGGCUACCAAGAUUGCAGGUUGGGAUCUGCAUUGGCAUGAUUGCGCUCUUCGUAAUCAGCAAUGUCGCCGUGUUCUUGAGAUCUCGAGUACCGAUUGUGGGGUUCCUCCUAGUUUUGGUGCCAUUGAUUGUGAUGCUUACAAUGGGGCUUGCACUUGUGGGUGCAUAUAACAUGGAAAGUCGAAAAAUAUUUGCUUCUCCAAGGUGGUUUAAAUCGAAGGUCCAUGAUGAUAGGAACUGGCAAAACAUUAAGUCUUGUAUUUAUGAUUCAAAUGUAUGCAAUGAUUUGGUUUCCAGAUCAUUGACGCUCAAAUCAUACGAUUUCAGCACAAAGAAACUAUCAUCCUUAGAGUCUGGAUGUUGUAGACCUCCAGUCUUAUGUGCAAUGGAGUAUGUGAAUGCUACAUAUUGGAGAAAGCAAGAUCAAGAUUCGAGCAACAAAACGUAUACGUUGUUCAACGGGGACUGUGAUUCAUGGGAAAAUGAUUCCAACUUAUUAUGUUAUGACUGUCAAAGUUGCAGAAAUGGUUUUCUGAGAACAAUGGAAAGCAAAUGGUGGAAACUAGGAGUUUUCCUUAUAGUGAUGUCGAUAUUGCUCACUGCAUCUCAUUUGUUGCUGUUUCUUGCUGCAAUGUGGGAGCGGAUCCAACAAUAGAAGC